AUGGAGUGUCGAUUGUCACCGGCGCAGGCGCACCCUCCGUCCAAAUCCGCUAAACCUAUUGUGAUGUGCACAGUGACCCUAAGGAUCAGCUGGCACUCGAAAAAAGUUAUUAGACGGCCAACUGUCUUUUCAACAGCGGAAGGUGCGUUCAAAAAAUUAAAGCCGGAGCCAGGUGGGGCCAGCGGCGCGUCAGGUGCGUCAGCUCUGUCGCCGGCUCUAGGUCCUCAGCACGCAGGACACACUCCCACCACGGCGUCAUGCCCCACGCCAGCGCGCCGGCGACACAGGACUACCUUCACACAGGAACAAUUAGCGGAAUUAGAAGCGGCAUUUGCCAAAUCACAUUAUCCCGACAUUUACUGUAGAGAAGAGCUGGCGAGGACGACGAAACUCAACGAGGCGCGGAUACAGGUGUGGUUUCAAAACCGUCGCGCGAAGUAUCGUAAGCAGGAAAAGCAGCUUCAGAAAGCAUUGGCACCGGCUGUGCUGCCGGGCUGCAACGGUAUGAUGCGGAACAUACAGGGCUACCGGGGAUACCAGCCUUAUCCACACCCCAACACCAUCAAUCGGUACCCACAGCACCACGGCAGUUAUGAAGAGUUGCAGAAGGAUAUAUUCUCGUUAUCUCAGAUGGGCGGCGGCUCGUACCCCAUGCCGCAAGGGUUCUCCAUGGGACACGGCGCCAACAUGAGCGCCGUCGGCAUGCGACAAGAUACUAUGGGUAUGAGCGCUGAGGACGAAUGGUACAACAAGUCGUUGUCCGCGCUGCGGAUGAACAGCGGUCACCACGCGAAUCUGGCGGCAGCGCCGAUGCUGCAGUACCAGACCUAAUCGUUGCUACACGGCGCCGAUUACUCGCCGGCGCCGGCGCACGACUACGCGCCCCCGUAGUCGGCGUAGCACUAUGCGAAGUAACGUGACGCGUGGAAACGUCGCAUAACUACAGUGGUUUUAUUGUUAGGUGCAAGUGAUUUUAUAGCUACAGCACGUUGUCAUGGCAACGGAACUUAUUUGGUGUUUUUUCUUCAGUGUCUAUUUUAA